GCCCCUGGGGUGCGGGGUGGGAGGGGAACCCGCCCUAACUCUUCUGUCACCUCUCUGAUCCCAGUCCCUUCCCCAUCGACCGUGGUGGCUGACAUCCACCCACGCCCUUCUAAAAAGCAGGAGGCAGAGACCAUUCUGCUCCCCUGGGACCUGCCCUUGAUCAAGGCUGUUGGUUAGAUUUUAGGCCCCUCGGAGUAUUGAGUUCCUGCCCUUCAUCCCCUUUUCCUUCCUCCCCUUUCACAGAUCUGGGGUCCAGGCCACCAGUGCCCUCCUUCUUAGGACCCAGGAGCCCCAGACUUCAGGUCCUUUCUCCCUCAGGCUCCAGGAUUGGGGCCUUCAGCCCCUUCUCCCUCACACCCAGAAGUCCUGGUCCCCAGCCCUCUGGUCUCUCACACCCAGGAGUCUGGGCCCCCAGUCGCCUCCUUCCCCAGGAUUCAGAAGAUACCACUCAAGGCCUCCCCCUUCUCUAAGUUCCUUAGGCCCUUUCCCUGCUGUGUUCACAUGCGGGGGACGCCUUCUGACCUCCACUCUGACCCUGCCUCCUGUGGGGGCCCUGCCCUCCCCAGUCCAGGUCCCCGACCAGCCUUGGCAAUGACCCUGGCGGCUUCCUCCCAGCGCUCCCAAAUCAUUCGUUCCAAGUUCCGAUCGGUUCUUCAGCUUCGGAUCUACAGACGGUAUCAGGACCCAACCUGUCAGGGUCCUUUGCCGCCUCUCCAGUCUCAGACCCAGAUCCGUGGAUCUCAGCCUCAGGCCCAGCUCUGGCUCCAGCCCCAGCCUCACCCUCGGGCCCUGCCCCUUUCCUCUUCAACCCUGGGGUCCUUCCGGAGCCAGAGUACUGCCCUUGGAGGUCCCUGAAGAAGGAGUCUCCCAAGAUCUCCCAGCAUUGGAGGGAGCCCAAGCCCAAGGGGAAUCUGACAUACCACCAGUACAUGCCUCCAGAGCCAAGACAAGGGACGAGGGCAGACCCCCAGGCUGAAGGGUCGGCCUUGGGUCCCCCUGGACCACCUCUGUGGGAAGGGACACACUCACAGCAGCCACCUCCUAGGAUGAAGCCCACUCCCUUCACUUCCUCCCCACCAGGAGUCCCCGGUCCCUCGCCCCCUUCACACAAGUUGGAACUUCAGACCCUCAAACUGGAGGAGCUGACGGUCUCAGAGCUCCGACAGCAGCUGCGCCUGCGGGGCCUCCCGGUGUCUGGGACGAAGUCGAUGCUCCUGGAGCGCAUGCGCGGCGGUGCCCCGCCCCGCGAGCGGCCAAAGCCGCGGCGCGAGGACAGUCCCCUGGAUGCUCCCUGGCCACGCUUCAGGGCCAAAGCUUUGGGAGCCUCCCGGAGGCCCGGAUCGUUCAAGCCGAGUCCAACACCUCACUCGCCUCCUCCUCCUCCACAUGCCGCGGAAACCGUUAUGAUGGCUCCGGCUCCGGCUCCGCCUGCGACGACGGCUCCGGCUCCAGCGCCGAUCCCUUUCUCAGCACCAGCCUCGACAGCCCUGACACUGGAGGAGGAGCUGCAGGAAGCGAUCCGCAGAGCGCAGCUGCUUCCGAACCGGGGCAUCGAUGACAUCCUAGAGGAUCAAGUGGAACCUGAGGACCCACUGCCCCCCAUCCCCCUGGACUUUCCUGGCUCCUUCGACGUGCUGUCCCCCUCCCCAGACUCUGAAGGCCUCUCAUCUGUUUUCUCUUCCUCAAUCCCAUCCCCCACGAACUCCCUGUCCCACUCUCCCAGGGGCCCCACAGACUCCUUGGAUUGGCUGGAGGCUCUGAGUGGGGGUCCCCCGCUGGGCUGUGGCCCCCCAGCCUCCAGCAUCUUCUCUGCUGACUUAUCUGAUUCCAGUGGCACUCGGCUGUGGGACCUGCUGGAGGAUCCAUGGUGAUGGAUGUUUGGGUUUGCAGGGACUGUGAACUGGCGGGGCUGGGGAAGUCACAGACAUGACUCCGCGAGGGAGGGGUGGGAACAACCAGCAGAGCCCCUCCCGCCAUGGACACAACCUCAGAGACAACGCUCAUCCCCACCUGGCCUCUGAACUGCUGCUAACAUGCCCACCUCUUGACUUUUAUCUGCCUGACCCCCUUCCAUGGUCAUGUGGUUGGGAGCAAGGAGGUUUCACUGGUUGCUGGCCAGGGCAAACAAGCUGCUUGCUGCUGCCUUCAGAGAUCUCAUAGAUGUUUUUGUCCCCACCUUUACCCCCCAACCCCUAUCCCACCGCCUAGAUGUCUCCCUGUUGCUGGGGAGCCUCGAAGGUGGUCAAUGCUCUUUGGAGGCAGGGGAGGGGCAGGGAAGAGUGGAGAGGGAGAACUGUCUACCAGACCCUUAGCUUCUGAUUGGAGAUGAGACAAAUCAGAUGUGUCGUGUCUGAGGUCAGAGUCUUUGGGAGGCAGAGUCUGGGAUAAGAAUCGUGUAUCUGUGAUUUAUUAAAGAAAUGCCCUGGA